CAAUACGAACCAAUGCAGCUCUUAAAUGAAGUGAUAAACCAAUGCCAAUGAAGUUGGAACCAGGAGCUAGCUUUGCAUGGGCAGUUUGAAGUUUGAACUCAUCUCCUGGGAUGUUUUGUGUAAGGAGGAAGCCUACCAUUUCAUUGCAUUGAUGAAGGAUUUUUUGAAGACUAAAAGCCUUUGAGUCAUGAUCUAUCUACUCUCCAUCAAACAUGCUUUUACUAACAGCAGAAGCAGCCAUCUGGAAGCUGAAGACCUGAAGUAUGAGUGGUGUUACUCUUUGAGGACUCACUAGAUGUUGCUAAAAAUGUUGGUGUGAAGGCUUGUGACUUCUAGAGGAUACAUUAUUCUGGAUAAUCCAGAAGUCCUUCAGCCCCUCUGAUGUAUUAAGCAACAUGGGAAGUGAAGACUAAAGUUCCAUCAUGAUCGGAGGCUUGUUCAUUUAUAAUCACAAAGGAGAGGUUUUAAUCUCUCGUGUCUACCGGGAUGACAUCGGGCGCAAUGCCGUGGACGCCUUCCGCGUCAAUGUCAUCCACGCACGGCAGCAGGUGCGCUCGCCUGUCACCAACAUCGCCCGCACAAGCUUCUUCCAUGUCAAGCGCUCCAACAUCUGGCUGGCUGCUGUCACCAAGCAGAAUGUCAAUGCUGCCAUGGUAUUCGAGUUUCUUUACAAGAUGUGUGACGUGAUGACUGCCUACUUCGGGAAGAUCAGUGAGGAGAACAUAAAGAACAACUUCGUCCUGAUCUACGAGCUGCUGGAUGAAAUCCUGGACUUUGGCUAUCCUCAGAACUCUGAAACAGGGGCCCUGAAGACUUUCAUCACUCAGCAAGGCAUCAAGAGUCAGACCAAGGAAGAGCAGUCCCAGAUCACCAGCCAGGUGACUGGACAGAUUGGAUGGAGACGUGAAGGAAUCAAAUACCGUCGCAAUGAACUCUUUCUUGAUGUGCUGGAGAGUGUGAAUCUCUUAAUGUCCCCACAGGGUCAGGUUUUGAGUGCCCAUGUCUCAGGCAGAGUGGUGAUGAAGAGUUAUCUGAGUGGAAUGCCAGAGUGCAAGUUUGGCAUGAAUGACAAGAUUGUCAUUGAAAAACAGGGCAAAGGGACUGCGGAUGAAACGGGGAAAAGCGGCAAACAGUCAAUUGCCAUUGAUGACUGCACUUUCCACCAGUGUGUGAGGCUCAGCAAGUUUGAUUCUGAGAGGAGCAUCAGCUUCAUUCCACCAGAUGGAGAAUUUGAGCUCAUGAGAUACCGAACCACAAAGGACAUUAUCCUUCCCUUCCGUGUGAUCCCACUGGUGCGGGAGGUGGGCCGGACCAAGCUGGAAGUGAAGGUGGUGAUCAAAUCAAAUUUCAAACCUUCCUUGCUGGCCCAGAAGAUAGAGGUCCGGAUCCCAACACCCCUCAAUACCAGUGGAGUGCAAGUCAUCUGCAUGAAAGGGAAGGCGAAGUACAAGGCCAGUGAGAAUGCCAUAGUCUGGAAGAUAAAACGUAUGGCUGGAAUGAAGGAAUCCCAGAUCAGUGCAGAGAUUGAACUGCUGCCCACCAAUGACAAGAAGAAGUGGGCUCGGCCUCCCAUCUCCAUGAACUUUGAGGUCCCAUUUGCACCCUCUGGGCUGAAGGUGCGUUACCUGAAAGUCUUUGAGCCAAAGCUGAACUACAGUGACCAUGAUGUGAUAAAAUGGGUGAGGUACAUCGGCAGGAGUGGGAUCUACGAGACCAGAUGCUAGCCCCAGCAGGCUGGCAGGCUCCCUCUUCUCCAAGCCAUGCUCUGCCUCUCCUCGGUCUUCAGCUACAUUGAGAUGUCUGCCUGGCCCCUCGACGCAGAUUGAAAGACCCUGUGGCUCACCCCGGGAGUGGACUUGCCUGCCUGUGUUCAGUUACCACCCACGCUGCAGAUGAAGUUCAGAACCCCGUCAUGUGCAGGGUUGCAGUCAGCCCCCUGCUCCCCGUCCCAGGGUGGGCAAGGGCUAGUCUAACUCCCAUCCUCUUGUGAUCUUUCUAGGGAACGUCCACCAUUAAACUCCUCUUCUGUUGGUGUCUCA